AUGCUCUUACUAUUACUAAUAUCAACUGUCAGUGCCUUAUCAUCAGAUCCAGUAUUAGAGACUCAUGUUGGUAACUUUGUGGGUAAAACUUUAGAAUUUGGAAAUGGCAUCAAAGUGGACGCUUUUUAUGGCGUACCGUUUGCUAAACCGCCAGUAAAUGACCUUAGGUUUGAGGUAAGUUUUAUUUAUCAUUAGCUUGUUUAAAUAAUUCUGUGCCUUGUUUCAAAGCAAAUUUUUGGGGUUGGCAGACACAUAGUUGGCUGAACAACCUAAUACACUACAUAAGGCUUAAACAGACAAAAUUUUAGAAACCUCAAGAUGUAGAGUUUGUGAAAGAAAGAGAAGCUAAGACUCUGCCAAAAGUGUGUAUCCAACAAGACUACGAGAAUGCCUUGGAUAUGAGUGAAGACUGUCUUUACAUGAACGUCUUCAGACCUCAUGAAUCUGUAAGUCUAUUAUAACAUGUUUUUUUCGUUAUAGGCAAAAAAUUUUCAAUUCAGAGGUUUCUUGACUAUAACGAUAGCUAAAUCUCGUUAUAAGAAACUAUAAGUCAACAAACGUUUAUCUUGACUAUGACGAUCAUAACGAACUGUUUCUUAUAACGAGGUUAUAAUAAUCUUUUACUGAACUUUUACUAUGAAUCACUGUAAGACAUAUUCAGAGUGUAAACAAAAAAGGCUACCCAGGAUUGUUUUUCAUUCAUGGAGGCAACUUCCAAGUUGGCAGUUCUCACAUUCACUCUACUGAGUAUGUAGCUGAACAUUAUGUUAGUCAGGGUAUUGUAGUCAUCGUACCACAGUAUCGCCUUGGAUUGUUUGGUAAGAACUUUACGUUUUUGUCGUUUCAAUCUAAGAUAAUAUAAUACUGAAAAGUUUAAAAACUUUUUAAUUAACACUUUUGACUUUUUAUUUUUAAAGUUUUUUAUUAAGCACUCGGUACUGUAACAUAACUUAAUUCAUCAUUAUUAUAUAAUUAUGAAAAAUAUUGAUUUUAGGAUUCGCCUCAACCGGUCCAGAGCAGUUCGCCGGUAACUACGGACUGUGGGAUCUUCGCCGUGCCUUACUGUUCGUUCGUAAAAAUGCCAAUAAUCUUUACCUAGAUGCCUCUAAAAUCACAGUAGGAGGCCAUAAUGCUGGAGCAGCAGCUACCAGUGCAUUAAGUGUUAGCGAGCAUACUCGAGAUCUAUUUUUACAAUCUCUUCAGCUCAGUGGAUCCAUCUUUGCCGAAUGGACACUCAGUAAUCGACCGGUAAUUCAGACGGAGAAGAUUGUCGAGAUUCUGAAGUGCAACGAUCAGAGUUCGGCUUCUAUCAAGAAGUGUUUGAGGAAGAAGAGUGUCAGAGAGCUGGAGGUGGCGGCGGUCAAGGCUGUAGGUUUAUAUUGUUUUGGAUUGGCACUUUAAUAUAAGGUUUUUAAAGGCAAAUGGUUAAAAUCUUGUGUUAUAUUUGUAUUAUAAAAGGUCUUAGCAUAAAAAAACCUUAUUUUAGCAUUCAGUAGAAGGUGAGAUCAACUCUUUCGACUUCACACCACGAUUGGAUGCCGACUUCUUCACUUCUGAUAUUGGACAUCUGAUUGAAACAAGCAAACCAAAGUCAACGUUAUUCUCGCUGACGGAAAAUGAAGGACUUUUGUACUGUAAGAUCUAUUCUUGUACUAUAUUACAUGUUUCUACAAUAGAAGAGUAAAGUAGGGUAGGAUAAGAUGGAGUAGUUUUAGGUAGUUCAGAGUAAGGUAAGUCGUUGUAGCAGGGACGUCGCUACGGUUUUUCUCUGGGGGGGGAGGGGGGGUGGGACGGAGACCCAAAAAAAAGUUUAGCUACCUGUGGAUUUUUUUUUCGGAUUGGCUCUAGGGGGGGGGGAGUCACCCCGAAUAACCCCCCCAAACGACGUCCCUGGGUUGUAGUUAGGGCAAGUUAUAGUAGAGUAGGUUUGACAGAUCACCAAACAAGUUUACUCAUCUAGCUUUACAGAAAAAUAAAUUUUAUGUCACAGUACCCUAUACUAAUAUACUUUUAGCCAUUUACUACUCUCACGCGACAGAGAUGUUCCCCCAUACCUUAUCAGCCGAGAAAAAGAGUAAAUUCGGAUUGCGCGACUUUAUCCGCUUUGUAAAGGAAGUUAUUGCGCCCGAAAAUGUGUUUGGAAAUAAGCAUAAACAAGUUACGGACAAGAUCAUUGAUUUUUACUUGAAAUCAAAACCAAAAGAAGAACAUAAUCGAAAGUUUUACAUCGAAAUGUACGCUAAAGUAAGCUAAACUUCAGAUUUUGGGAUAUUUUUUAAAAUUUUGAAAGUUAAAAUUAAAAAACAUUUUUUAAUUGAAUUUAUACGAUUUUACAAUUCUUUGCUAACAUCAUUUAUCUAUUAUUUGUUUCAAAACUACAAUUAUUACCUAAAAUUUUGAUUAAAACUCACUCAACCAGACCUCAUGGUUAACAUAAUGUUUUCAGCUGAUUGGUGACAUAAUGUUUGUAAUGCCACAAUUGCUUGAACUCAGACACAAGACUGAGGCUGGUUGGGCGUUGUACAACAUACUGAACGUGCACAAUGAGUUCAUCACAAAGAAUCUGCGCCAUCUUGAAGUACAUAACACUACCCAUUCGAUCGAGUUUGCAUAUUUAUUUGGGAAAGGAGUGAUGGGGGAGCACAAGUUCUCGGAAUCUGAUGAGAAAUACAGGAAACUAGUCUUAGAUGCUAUUGUGACGUUUGUGAAAACAAGGUAAGUUAUAUUUUGUCGCUGGUUUGUUUUAAAGGUGUCGGAUCGACUGCACAUUGCAGUAUUUAAAUUUUUUGCGAAAUGCACCGUGCAGAUUAUAUUUUUUAAAAGUUUAAACCAGGUUGAUAGCCCAAUUAAAGUACUAUCUACCAUAACAUGUCCUGACUUUUCAGAUCGCCAAAAAGUGAUGACAGUCCCAACUUCGUCAAAAUUAACAGAAUUCACCCUCUGGUCUACACAGAGCUAUCGACUACUGCCACUAUUAAAGACCCUCUUUUUGCGAAUGAACUCAAAUUCUGGAGUCAGCUUACUAAUGACUAUGACUUUGAUAUCAUUCGCGGAAUCCACAAGAAAUCUCUACGGCUGCGGACUGAACUCUAA